CGGAAACCUCCCACGACUAGUAUUAUCCUCACUACAGAUAUACCGAGGUUAUCAUGCUGCAGACAAUGUCCUGAUAGAUAGCUCGGCAAUGGCAUCGCUAUCACUAUCUUCUACUGGACCCUCACCGCAUCUCAGUGGGGCGGCCCCGCCUUAUCAGUCCAGCCAAGACUCACACCUACUACUUCAUCGACCAAUCUCCCCCAGAUCAACGACAGGGAAAACUAAAAUACGCAAGAAACGAUGUGGAAGCCAAACAGAACCCCCGUCCGCACAGAGGACGCGCCAUUGCCUCCAUCCUUCCUCUCCCAGGCCAUCGUGGCCGGUGAGCAGGUCUACUGCUCGGGACAAGUCGGUGUGAGUCCCAGCACGGGAAAGAUGGUCGAAGGACCCAUCCAGGAGCGAACGAAACAAAUCCUCCGUAACCUGAGCGCCGUCCUCACCGCGGGUGGCUCGAGUCUCCAGGACGUGGUGAAGGUGAAUAUCUUCCUGGCCGACAUGGGAGAUUUUGCGGCCGUGAACGAGGUCUACGAGAGCUUUUUCCAGGAUCCCAAGCCGGCUCGGACGUGUGUGGCUGUUAAGACGUUGCCAUUGGGGACGGAUGUUGAGAUUGAAUGUACGGGCCUGGUGACGAAGAGAAGAACUCAGGGGGGUUCUCAUCUGUAAGAGAAUCGCAUUGUGGGAUAACAAACUCUGGAGCUUAGAGUUCGUCUGAUGAGGGUCUGUGGUGGGCGAUCAAGUUCUU